AUCUACUAGCUAAAACCCUUGCAAAAAAUCUGAUGUGUUUUAUUCUUUUUAUAUUUUAUUUUCAAAUUUCAGAGUAACGGUUUGGGAAGAUGGCGAAUUACCUCGGCGAUUAGCGUCACGCGCUUCCUCGGUUACAUUCCCGCUCACCCUCACUUUCAAACCCUCUUCACAGACUUCAGAUUUUCAGGCUACUUUUCCCUGAACAGCUAGAGAAUUUCCUUACAAUAAAGCUCAGAUAUAAACAUUGUCUCUUUUAUGAAUCAUUUCUUAACUUUAUCACCUUCGUUCCGUCGAGACGCCACUAGAAGAGGAAAAAUAUGCGGUCUGAUCUGAAAAUUCGAACCACCGUCAACUCCACCGUAUCUGCUCUACCAUCCGAUGCUUUAGAAAAUGUUUUGGAUUCAGCAAGCCCUUGCUGUGCAUCUAAUAAAAGUAACUGUUUCAAAGAGAAUAUCAAUAUAAACAAAUCUGAAACCCCAAACCUUUCUCUGGAGCCAUUUCAAAUGAAAAGGAAGAAAAAGGGAGGGGGGUCUAAUUUGCGGAAAAGCCUAGCAUGGAACAGAGCCUUUUUCACUGAAGAAGGUGUUUUGGAUCCCCUAGAACUCUCUCUCAUUACUGGUGCGUCUUGUAGAGAAGGAUUGUCUUUCAUCGAUGAAGACACUGGUGGUGGUUCUCUGCUGCCUAUGAAACUAGAAAAUGAUAUAGUAAAAGAACUACAAGAAGAAGAUUUGAGUAAAGAUAGAAAGAAGGACUUGUCAUCAUCAAAGCUUGAUUCAUCUUCAUCUAACUCUACCACAUCAACUUCUCUGACUCCAAACAAAGUUCCAACACGUGGUGGUACCAAACCCGGGUCGAGAUUUAGUGACUGUCCUCGACCUUUACCUUCAUCAUCAUUAAAAAGGCCUGCAAUGGUAAAUGUUGGCAAAGCUGCAGGUAAGGAUUUAAAACUGCCGAAAGUUCCUGGUUCAAAGCCAAGUAUUAGCUCAAUUUGUGGAACAACUAGGAGUACUAUACUCAGAGCAAACUGUGUGAAGCACAAUCAAAUUACUACACCAUCAGGAUCAAAGAGCUUCUCUAAAAGUCUCAAGAACACCCAAAAUGAAUCAAAAGCUAGUUCUCUGCGAGCAACCCACUAUUCAGAUGGAAAUUCAGACAACUCAUCGUUCAGAAGACAUUCAUCCGUCAAUACGAGUCCACUACUGGUUCAAAAAGCCAACAAUUCAGGUUCAGAGAUGAUUUCAAGUAGUUUGACUGCAGCGAAGCCAGUGAAUUCAUCAGAGGGCCAACGUGAAUCUUUAAAUUUUGCAACUCCUCGGAAUGCUCAUGUCAGGGAUAUGACUAUUCCUUCACACAAUCAAGUGAUGAAGCCAUCGGGUUUGAGAAUGCCGUCACCAUCUUUAUCAUUUUUCAGUCAGCCUAAACCUUCAGUCUUCUGCGACUUGUCAUCGAGAGAUACAGAAGCAGAUGUUCGUGGGUCUCGUAAACCUGAAAAUCCAAGGUUGCACGACAGCUUUAGAAGAACACCCAAGACUGAUAAUAAAAUCCCAGAGAGUAUAACUAGUGUUAGUAGGGCCAUAAACUUCAGAUCAGAAUGUAUAGUAUCACCUCAAGUCAGUGCUGCGGAUAUACUUAGACCAGACUUGGAUCCGAACUCUGUGCAGAAAGGGGCAGUGAAAGUGCUUUAUGAUGUUCCCAAUCCUGAACCAAUAGGUUAUAAACUUUUUGAAGACAACAGUUACGUUUUUGAUGCACAGAUGCAAGAUCUUCCCAAAGAAACUAGAAUAGGAAGGGUAUCUCACAAGGAGGCAAAAUUGCAGAAGAUAGACAUUGAAAUGCCCUCAGAAAGUGGAAGGCGUGAACAAAUGAUGGAUGAUAGUAUUUUUCCAGAAUUAAGGUUGGAACAAAAGUAUGCUAUUCACGAGUCUGAAACAACAGGUGCAAUUGAUGAUGCACCUAAAGAAAAAAAUAUGUGCAACUCUUUGGUCUUGAAUCAUGGUGCUGUUAUUGGGACACAAUGUGAAGAUGCACUUCACCACAAAGUUCAGAAUUCGAAGCUAGAUUGUCGUGAGCCUCGCAAGGAGCAGACUGACCCAUUCGAAUAUUGUCUUGACAAGACUGAUAUGAACACUGAUAAAGAUAAGUAUGUUCUGAAGUCAAACGACAGAGCUAGUGAGCAACUGGGUGUGUCCAAGCUGAACAGAAGUUCUUGCAGUAGAAGUGCAAGCAGUGAAGCUUCAGAACACAGCGGACCCAUGGCAGAAAGUACAUAUUCUGGGUCCAAGCAUCUAGAUGCAGAUCUUUUAAAAGAAGCAUCUUUUGUUGAGGUGUUAGCUGAUGGUUUACGGGAGGGAGAGACCCAUAUGCAGAAUGCUGUAUUCGCUUCGACUGUCAGAGGCUGUAAGAGUAAAAGCAAUUUAGUUUCAGAGGUUGGAAAAGAUUUGGUGGUUCAAGAUACUUGUCUUAAAGUUGAAAUGGAGUUACAGGGAAGUAUUGAGCUGAAUACAACUGACGGGUUGCCGCUUGAGAAACAAACAUGCCUUCAAAAUUCCCAGCAAGAAGAAAAUGUUUUAUCUAUAUUCCUGGACAGAAAACAUGGAAACAAAGUGAUUGACACUCAGAUGACAAGCUCUAAGUCACCACAUGAAAUGCAUGACUCCGAGUUUGAUAAAGACAAGAUGAUCAGUCAGCCUCUUAUAUGCACAGAGUUCGAUUACGUUGGUAAUCCUGUUUCAUGUGAAAGCCCUACUAGUUUAAUUAACUCGACUUCCAAUCACGAGGCCAAACACAAGGGCAUCAUCACUAAUGAUUCAUUUAGCGGUCAUGCUAAUGAAAACUUGCCAGACAGUCUUCAUCAGGGCAGCACUCGGAGAACAGAAAUUGAUUAUUGCAGUUCGUUUACUGAAAGCACGACUGGUGAAGUGUCACAGAAGAAUACUUCUCGAAAGAUGGCAGAGGUGGGGCCAAUUAUAGUAGAUGGUUCUGCGAGCAAUUGGUCAACUAGCAGUAUGUCAGUAAAGGAAUGUGAAUCUGACAUGGACAACUUUACAAAUAUACAAGACUCGGGUACUGCGCUGGUGCAGUCACCAGACAGCAAUACGUUGACUGAAUGCUGCUCUAACCAAUCAGAACUGUUGGCAUCACCUACCGCCGAAUUUGUAGAUGAAAAGCUUGUACAUAGUGAUGAGAGAUUGCAUGUUGAAAAUUACUUGCAGACAGAGAGCCCUGCUGAUGUGUCCUAUGAAGAUAAUGCAUUGGAGAUUCCGGAAGAUUCUGUUACAGGACAAAAACAAAUAUGCUCAAGCAUUUUACGAAGUUCCAGUGUUUCUGAAAAUGAAGCUGUAUCAGCGCCGAACAACGAACUCGGGGUUGGUCUUAAUGAGAGAAGUUCCUUGCUUGUUCCUCCGCAAAAUGCUGUUCCGUUUUCUGAUGAAUGGUUGGCUGCCAUUGAAGCAGCUGGAGAGGAUAUUCUGACCAGAAAGGGUGGGGCGGUGCAAAACUCACCCCCUGACAAAUCGCUACCCGAGCCUAGUCCAUGGUCUCCGGUGAGGAAGAAAAACAAUCAGAUUGGACCAUUUGACUGUACGAAAUACAACAACGUCGACCCUUCCGACUCUUAACUAAAUCAUAAGGUUUGUGCAUGCAAGAUUCAUUCUUUCGAUUGUAACCCUCGUUACUGAUCUAGGAACAUUCUACAACAUUGGUUACCACUAUUGCUCUUUCCUCAUCAAGAAUAAAUCUUUCGAUUCACAAACAGUUGGACCUUUAAAAUAAUUAUUGGAAAUUAUGCUAGU